AUGCUUGUACCCUCUCUCGGGGUUUUCGGAGUUUCCGCGAUUUUUUAUCUCCAUUCGAGAGUGAAAUUUGAGGGGAAAAUAUUGCUAUGGAAGUCACCCAGUGAGGAGAAGCCAGUUGAAAGUCGUAAACUAUCAGGUUUGAUUCUUAAAAAUGCGUUGGAUGCCAAAGAGCAACAUAAAAAAUAUGAGCUUGUACAAAGAUGGUUGUCGUUAGAUGUGGCCCUGAAGAACCAAAUUAAGGCUUGCUUGUUACAGACACUCUCCUCUCCUGUGCCUGAUGCUCGGUCAACUGCUUCACAAGUCAUUGCAAAGGUUGCAGGCAUCGAGCUACCCCAUAAACAGUGGCCUGAGCUGAUAGGAUCCCUCUUAUCAAAUACUAAUCAGGUCCCACCUCAUGUAAAGCAAGCUACCCUUGAAACUCUGGGGUAUAUGUGUGAAGAAGUUGCUCCAGAGGUCGUUGAUCAAGAUCAAGUAAAUAAGAUACUUACAGCUGUUGUCCAGGGUAUGAAAGCUAAUGAAGGUAACAAUGAGGUUAUACUUUCUGCUACCCAAGCUUUGUAUAAUGCUCUUGGCUUUGCUCAGGCAAACUUUUCCAAUGAUAUGGAGCGAAAUUACAUAAUGAGAGUUGUCUGUGAGGCCACUCUCUCUCCUGAGGUGAAAAUUCGUCAGGCUGCUUUUGAAUGUUUGGUUUCUAUUGGGUCUAUAUACUAUGAGAAAUUAGCUUUGUACAUCCAAGACAUUUUCAACGUUACAUCCAAGGCUGUCAGAGAAGAUGUGGAACCAGUUGCUCUUCAAGCCAUUGAGUUUUGGAGCUCUAUCUGUGAUGAGGAGAUUGAUAUUCUGGAUGAGUAUGGAAGCGAUUUUACUCCAGAUUCUGAAGUUCCGUGCUAUUAUUUUAUCAAGCAGGCUAUCCCUGCACUUGUUCCUAUGCUCCUUGAGACACUUCUUAAGCAAGAAGAGGAUCAGGAUCAGGAUGAGAGUGCUUGGAAUCUCGCGAUGGCUGGUGGUACUUGCCUUGGUUUGGUUGCCCGCACUGUAGGGGAUGAUAUUGUGCCACUUGUCAUGCCAUUUAUUGAAGAGAAUAUUACAAAAUCUGAUUGGAGGCAGAGAGAAGCUGCUACUUAUGCAUUCGGUUCCAUAUUGGAAGGUCCCUCACCAGACAAAUUAAUGCCUAUUGUCAAUGUUGCUCUAAAUUUCAUGCUCACCGCUUUAACAAACGACCCAAGCAGCCAUGUGAAGGAUACAACAGCAUGGACGCUGGGAAGGAUAUUCGAAUUUCUUCAUGGUUCAAUGGUGGAGACGCCCAUUAUUACUCCUGCAAACUGCCAACAGAUUAUUACAGUUCUGCUUCAAAGCAUGCAAGAUGUUCCAAAUGUUGCUGAAAAAGUGUGUGGUGCCCUCUAUUUUCUGGCCCAAGGUUACGAGGAUGUGGACUCAUCAUCCCCUUUAACGCCUUAUUUCCAAGCGAUUGUCCAGUCUCUACUUAAUGCCACUCACAGGGAAGAUGCUGGGGAGUCACGACUUAGAACUGCUGCAUAUGAGACACUGAAUGAAGUAGUUAGGUGCUCAACUGGUGAAACAACUCACUUAAUCUUGGAACUGGUUCAAGUUAUCAUGACAGAGCUUCAUAAGUCUCUUGAAUCGCAGAAGCUUUCAUCGGAUGAGAAAGAGAAGCAAAAUGAAUUGCAAGGCCUUCUUUGCGGGUGCUUGCAGGUCAUUAUUCAGAAACUAGGGGCAUCUGAUGGCACUAAGCAUGCCUUCUUGCAGUAUGCAGAUCAGAUUAUGGAUCUUUUUCUCCGGGUUUUUGCUAGUAGAAAUGCCACUGUCCACGAGGAAGCAAUGCUUUCCAUUGGUGCACUUGCCUACACAACAGGCCCUGACUUUACAAAGUACAUGCCAGAAUUUUACAAGUACUUAGAGAUGGGUCUUCAGAACUUUGAGGAGUACCAAGUUUGUGCUGUUACGGUUGGUGUUGUGGGGGAUAUUUGCAGGGCGUUGGAGGAUAAGAUUCUUCCUUACUGUGAUGGGAUAAUGACUCAGCUUCUUAAAGACUUGUCAAGCAACCAGCUGCACCGAUCUGUGAAGCCACCAAUCUUUUCAUGCUUUGGUGACAUAACACUGGCAAUUGGAGAGAAUUUUGAGAAGUAUCUGAUGUAUGCCAUGCCCAUGCUUCAGAGUGCUGCAGAGUUGUCUGCCCGCACAUCAGGUGCUGAUGAUGAGAUGAUAGAAUAUACUAAUCUUCUAAGAAAUGGAAUCUUGGAGGCAUAUUCUGGUAUAUUACAGGGCUUCAAGAACUCUCCUAAAACCCAGCUUCUGAUCCCACAUGCAUCGCACAUCCUGCAAUUCCUGGAUAGAAUGUAUAUGGAGAAAGAUAUGGAUGAUGUUGUGAUGAAAACUGCUAUUGGUGUCCUGGGCGAUCUGGCAGAUACUCUGGGAAGUAAUGUAGGUUCCUUGAUUCAGCAAUCUCUGUCAAGCAAAGAGUUUUUAAAUGAGUGCUUGUCUUCAGAUGACCAUUUGAUCAAGGAAUCUGCUGAAUGGGCCAAGUUGGCCAUUAGUCAUGCCAUAUCUUUUUAA